AAAAUGGAACGAUCUCGAACUGGAGGUUCAUCAACAUAUUCAAUGUCAACAGCAAAUGUUCCAAUAAUAACAAUAAGUGACGACGACGAUGAACUGACCAUUUGGGAAGAACCACGGAAAAGCCCCAUCUCAUCAAAUAGUUAUUCAGAUGAAAGAAAUCACUCCCUAUCUAGCACAUCAAAUAGCUCUGUUGAACGGUCUAUUAUAAUUACAAUUAGUGAUGAUGAAUCUGAAGCUACGGAAAGAAACCAGCAGGAAGUUGUUGAUCGAGCGAUUUCAAAUAAUUUGACGGAAAAGCGUAGAAGAUCAGUUGAAUCUUUUCAUAGAUUACAUUCGAAAGAAAGAAAACUGGAAGUUAAGUCUCGAAAAAAGAGUAGGACCUCAUCGAGCUCAAUGGAAGCAUCCACAUCAUGUACAUUUCCAGCACGCCAAACAAAAACAAAACGUCAUAAAAGGAAAACAUACAGCACAAUAUCUUCGUUUGCUCCUCAUCACAGUACUAUAUGUGCAGAACUACGAAACGUCAACCCAGCGAGGAUUGCGGACUUUCGUCACCCAUCUAUUUUUGAGUACUCCGACAUGAGCUUGAAUGAAAGAAGAGAACACUGGAAAAAAGAAAUGAAAGUAAUAAAGAAACACAACGACAUCCGUCUAAUGCACGAAGAAGCUGUUAGGUUCGACGACAUUAUAGAGCUAGACCCAACGUUGAAUGGAUAUUACCGAAGAUUCAUGGGAGCCGAGCAAAGCACGAGAGCUCUGUUUAUGGCUGUUCGAUGUCUGGCCACCUUUGGCCGUAAUUUCUAUGAAGAACCUGAACGUGAUCAUGGGGAAGAAGAAAUACCUGAAGAGCUCGACCGUUACUUUGAAAAGUUGAUAUAUGUGGCGCCUAGAACACGGAUUCGUAUUACGGAUGAUAUUCACUUGUCAAAUGAUACCCACAGAAUUCCAGUUUACACAGAUGCAAAAGGCGAAACACUAAAAACAGUCAAAAUUCCAAACCCCCUUCUUUAUGAUCACAUUAUCAACAAUAUGGUGGACAAAGUUAAAGAGCCGUUGCUAUAUGAAGCAAUCAAAAUUGCAGGAUCGUCAGAAAAUGUGAUUCGUUGUAAAUGUUGUUCCCAAGAUCCAGUCGUCAACUGUUUUGAUAACAAAGAUUGCCCGUGUUUUAUUGCAAAUCAGUUUUUGCAAUCUAGAAACAAAACAACGGAUACAAAUGAAAAGUUGAAAUUUCAUACUUUUCAACCCCUUAUGUACAACGAUGGAAAUCCGACUUACUACAAUACUGUUGGGUUUGCAUGUUCACCAAAAUGUGCUUGUAAAGGAGCUUGCACUAAUAAUGCAACGUACUUGAUUCAAAAGAAACUGUACUCUAUUGAAAUUUAUCGUGCAGAUCCUCAAAUUGGAUUUGGAAUUCGAUCUACUCUGUUCAUUCCAGCAGGGACUCCAAUUAUUGAAUACUGCGGAGAACUAGUUGAUGGAGAACGGCUGCAUAGUUCAUUGGAAAAUUAUAGUUACCAGUUAACUGACUGUGAAGGAGACAAACACCUUUACAACCUGCUUCGUGAAAAGUACAAAAACAAUCCAGAAUACUAUGAUGUACUGGACGAAUUGAGCAAGCAUCAUUUUCACUUGGACGCCAAAAUGCAAGGAAGUGUUGGCAGAUUUGCAAAUCAUUCAUGUACUCCGAAUAUGGAACCUCUUCGACUUUUCAAAGAAGGAUUUACACCCGCCAAUAUGCGAAUGAUUUUUUUCACUCUGAAGGACAUUUUUCCAGGAGAACCUCUUACUCUGGAUUAUGGCUCAGAAUACAAGGUGUUUCGAAGGCAAAGAUGUCUUUGUAGAACAUUUGCCUGUAGAAGUGGGCCGCAUUAUGAGAAGUUUUCAAAUUUGGAUGGGAAAUUGAUUGCAUCAUGUUUUGUUAGACUUCAUCACGCAUCCCGCAUUCGAUAUUCGGUGGACUUACAGCUAAUAGAAAGAUUUUAUUCUGUUGGAAAAGUUGAGGAGGUUCGGGUUGAUCCAUGUGUAUCUUUUUCAAAAUAUAACCUGAAAUGGAGGCGACAAUUGUCUACAGCGACUUGUGAACGUUUGGAAAACGUUAUUGAAAUUGAACUGUCCGACGAAGAUUCAUAACUGCCAUAAAAUAUGAUCUAAAUUUUAAUAUUUAUGUAAUAAUUGUAUCAAAUUUGCUCUAUUAAGCAUGCACUUCAUUGCUGAACUUUGGAAUUUAAUAUUAUCAGUUAAUACAGUUUUACAUAUACAGUUUUAAAAUAGUGCACUACGAAUAGAGCAAACCAGAUGUGUGACAAAUAUUAUUUAGUUAUGUUGAUGUAUUUAUAGUCAUUAUGAAUUUAUUUAAUGUG